AUGUUUUCGUCCAAACACAGCCGGUACCGAAAGUACGUCGACGAGGAGACGGGGAAGGUGUUUUAUUUCGACGUCGUCUUGAAACGAUCCCGGUGGAGGAUUCCCCCCCGGAACGACGAGAAUACGAUUAAGACGAAGGACGAGGACGAGGAUGAAGUCGUCAAAAUAUUCAGAGAGGAUGUCGAGGAGGGAGAGUGGUACCGAGUGGAACAUUAUCUGUUGACUCGACCGUAUUGGUUCAGAAACGAUUCAUCAGAGACGAAAGAAAGACAGUGGGAGAAACCUUUGCAAAAGGCUGCUUCCAAGGAGAAGGCUGUCGAAACAACGGAAGAAGAAGAAGAAUCUGAAGAAGAAGAUGAUGACAUCGAGUUUGACCCGGACGCGUACGAGAACGAAGAAGGAAAAGAACAAUUUCAUCAAAGAGCAGCCUUUGCGGCGGGGACGGGAGAAGCAGAAGCGGAACCGGCUUUCGAUCCGCCGCGCCGAGCGACCACGACGCCUGCAGCGAGCGCCGUUAUCAUCGAAGAGAAAGAAGAAGAAGAAGAAGAACCAAAAACGAAUAAUGCAUCGCCAAAACUUUUGACAACUGCCAGUGAUGAGAUUACGAUGAACGAAAACUUUAACGCGGCGAAUAAGAGUAAAGCGUUGGAUGUGUUUUUCGCGCUGUGCGAAAAGGCGAAAAUCAACGAGCACUCUCGAUGGGAGAGGGACAUGCCGAAACUCAGAAAGCUGGAUAAAAAUGCGUUUGAAUGUUUCGCGACGAUGCCGGAGAGACGGAGCGCGUUUAAUAAGUACAAGGUGAAGUUAUCGAGCAACGCAGCUGAAAAAGCAGUAGGUACGACGAAGACGACGACGAAAGAGUCGAAACUGGAGCGCGAGAAAAUCGCGCGAGAAAAACGCGAACGCGAAAUACUCGAAAAGAAACGAGACGACGAAUAUCGAUUGAAAAAGCUGAAAAGAAAUCAAGACAAAGGCGACGCGAUGAAACAGUUCGAAACGUUAUUAGCGGAAUCCAUAAAAUCGAUCGAUGACGUGGAAACGAUCGAUGACGUUCGCGAAUUACUCUCCCAAGAUCCGCUCGGUCGCGCUUCCUCGGGCGGACCUCUUUCGGAAGCAGACAUGGUCGCCUCCUUCGAUGCGUUCUUGUUGGAGUUCAAAUCAAAUUCUCUGCAACGAUACGCGGAGUUGUGCCGAGAAACAGUUUCCGCGUUGUCGCAAUCCGUAGGUGGCGUUGCGGACGAGGAGGAUGCAAUUUUCGCGUGGGAAAUUGCUCGAGACGUCUUAAAAGAGGACGCCCGCUUCGACCGGUGUCCGAUGAAACUCAGACGUUCGACCUUUGACAAAGCGGUGGAGAACUUUCGCGAUGAAAGAAUUCGGAACGCCGGAACAACAAUUGGUGCGUCGUUUGAUGCGGUUUAG